AGGAAAGUGGGCAUCCUCCCCGGCAACUACGUCACACCUGUCCUCAGAACCUCUGCCAGGCUCUUGGAGUCCAAGGCAGUGACGGCAGGCCCCGGUACAGUCCCUGGAAGAAGAACCUCCUCGUCCUCCAAGACCCCAGCGGUGGUUCUAGCUCUCCACAGGGUCAACUCCGAUGAAACGACCUAUUCUACGGGACAACGGGUUCCGCUGCAGUCCGCCUCCAUGGCCACGCAGCCUGUGACGUCAUCAGGCGGCGCCACCAGGAAGUCCCGGCACGGGGUGGGCUCGGAGGGAUGGGACACAGUGAGGAGGGUCUUCCAUAGUUCACACAGAGGUUCAUCUCAGCGGGGAAACCACUACCCCCACACCAGCAUCUCUUCCAGCUCAGCCCUUCAGACCCAAACCCACAGUCAGAGCUCAUCCCAGCGCUGUAACCACUACCCCCACACUACCAGCGCCACCUCAGGCCUUCAGACCCAUUCUCAGUCCCAUUCUCACAGCCAGAACUUUAGCCAUAUCCAGGCCCCUGGCUACUCCCCUGCUCUGCUCAGGAAGAAACAACACAUGAGCAUCCUGCCCAAUCACAACAGAUCUCUGGCCUGGAUGUCUGAGGGACCCGUGCCCUCUAGUGGUGGUUUUAUGAAGGACAGGGACACUGCUGCCAGAGAGACAUUUGAUAGGCAGGUGUUGGAGACAAGGCAAGCAGCAUCGAAUGGUCAGCAGUCCAUCAACUCCAUCCUAGUGAGACCAGACGCCCUCAAGAACAACACAGAGAAGCCCACUAAGUCAGUGCGGUUCCUGACCCAGCCUGAUUCCCCUCCACCACGGCCCAGGACCACCUCCCUGCCCUCGGGUAGCCAGCCUCCCUCCAGUACCCGGCCUGGUCCACCUCCCCUGGAGGUCUGGGCUCCAUCACUCACACUGGGGCGAGAUGGGCCUGGGAUCAUACUGAAAGAAGGCAAGGCUCCUGUUCUUAGGAAAGGUCUGGAGACAAACCCCUCAGAUGUUCUGACAUCCAAUCCGAAACCUACAUCAUCAGCACCAUCAUUGUCCAGCAGCCCUAGCAGACACAGAGUAGCGGCGUCGUACCAGGCCCAGACGGAGUCAGAGAUGAGCCUGAUGCAGGGUGAGCCUGUCCUGCUCCACAGACAUCGGCCCGACGGCCGGGUUCUGCUCACCCAGGAGAGCAGUGGCCACACGGGCCUCUUCCAUAGCAGUGUUCUACAGUUCUUAGACCGGUUCAGUUGACUGCCUGUAGUGUUUAGUUGUUAUUAUUAUAUGUGUGUUUUUCACAUAGAAAUAGAAUGACUAGCAUGGAAAAGCUCCCUAGACCGCGACAAUUUGAUAGUACACUCAAUAUGGCUGCUGGCCCACCCCGGUACAAUCAAUUUGGCCACACCAUCAUGUAAUGUUGACUUGAAAACCAAUGUCCAUUCUAGCUAUUCUAUUUCUAUGGAUCUCCAUACGUUGACACUGCCAAAUGAGAUGCCCAAACUGUGGAAGUGUGUGUGUUUUAUCUGUGUGUUGAAAAUAAUAUAUUAUACUGCCAUAUAAUGACUAUAUAUGAAGUAUGUGGACACCCCUUCAAAUGUUGUGGAUUUGGCUGUUUCAGCCACACCUGUUGGUGACAGGUGUUUAAAAUUGAUAACACAGCCAUUCAAUCUCAAUAGACACAAAUUGGCAGUAGAAUGUCCUUACUGAAGAGCCCAGUGAAUUUAUAUUUGGUACCGUCAUAGGAUUCCACCUUUCCAACAAGUCAGUUCGUCAAAUUUCUGCCCUGCUAGAGCUGCCCCUGUCAACUGUAAGUGCUGUUAUUGUGAAGUGGAAAUGUCUAGGAGCAACAACGGCCCAGCCGCGAAGUGGUAGGCCAUGGCAAUCCCGUUCUGUAAGCUUCUGAGUGCUGAUGCGCGUCUGUCCUCGGUUACAACACUCAGUACCAAGUUCCAAACUGCCUCUGGAAGCAACAUCAGCACAACAACUGUUCGUCGGGAGCUUCAUGAAAUGGGUUUGGGAUGAAUUGGAACGCCGACUGCGCGCCAGGCUUGAUCGCCCAACAUCAGUGUCCGACCUCACUAAUGCUCUUGUUACUGAAUGGAAUCAAGUCCCCGCAGCGAUGUUCCAACAUCUAGUGGCAAGUCUUUCCGUAAGAGUGGAGGCUGUUAUAGCAGCAAAGGGGAGGACCAACUCCAUAGUAAUGACUUCCCAGAAGAGUGGAGGCUGUUGUAGCAGCAAAGGGGGGGACCAACUCCAUAUUAAUGACUUCCCAGAAGAGUGGAGGCUGUUAUAGCAGCAAAGGGGAGGACCAACUCCAUAGUAAUGACUUCCCAGAAGAGUGGAGGCUGUUAUAGCAGCAAAGGGGGGGGGACCAACUCCAUAUUAAUGACUUCCCAGAAGAGUGGAGGCUGUUAUAGCAGCAAAGGGGGAGGACCAACUCCAUAGUAAUGACUUCCCAGAAGAGUGGAGGCUGUUAUAGCAGCAAAGGGGGGGACCAACUCCAUAUUAAUGACUUCCCAGAAGAGUGGAGGCUGUUAUAGCAGCAAAGGGGAGGACCAACUCCAUAGUAAUGCCUUCCCAGAAUGGAGGCUGUUAUAGCAGCAAAGGGGGAGGACCAACUCCAUUAUUAAUGCCCAUCAUUUUGGAGUGAGGUGUCCACAUACUCUUGGUCAUGUAGUGUAUUUUUUCUUUUUGAGGUUCUUUGGACCGUUUUAAACUAGAUAACUAUGAGGUUCAGAGAUAUAUUUGUGUAUAUGUUGAUGUGCAGAAGCAUGAGAGUUGCAUAUACCUACUGUAUACAUUUAUUAUUACCAAUCCCAGUUGCACAAACCCACCUCAGACCAAUGUUUUGCUUAAAGAAUUAGUGUUCUCUUUAUUCAAGAACUAUUACGAUACACUAGUCAGUGCCUUUGCAAAGCCCACAAAGUAUAGAUUUGAAAACAAUAACAGCCCUCUAACCAGAGGCAAAAUGUAUGCAAAAGUGAUGAUCAUAUAGUGGUAAACAAUGCUUCUGUCAACUAUAGCAUGCGUUUGUUACAUUCUCAACCUGAUUUAGCUAAAUAACUGCACACCUAUGUGUCCUGUCCUGCACUUUGAAGACUUCAGAAAACAUGCACAGGUGUCCUCUAACAAAUUCUACUUCUCUGCUCUUUACUUUGUGAGUGCUGAAAAUAAAUCAUGUAUGACA